AUGGCUGUUUGCAGUGCAAGAAGAAUCGCACAAAGACCCCAAUGUGGCCGAUGCAGAAGGAUAGGUUCGGCUUGCUCCUUGGCUACUCAGACAGCGAAUUUGGUGUUCGUCGCACCCAGAAAUGCAAUGCCUCAGAAUCAAGCCAGUAACAACUCAUCUCGCGUCAAUAACCAAUCAUCUAGCAUAUCCGACGGAUAUGGCAGUAAUUCCCCUAGUGAUCUGAUGUCUGUUGCAGCUUCCACACCUGGAACGGAACACUCUGACGUGGAGUGUGAUUUUACGGACAUAGAAAAGGAACGGUUAAAGUUAAUGAAUCACUACGCCUUACACACAUCAAAAAGCAUCACGGACGUUAUCAUACCACAAGACCAAAACCAGUCGUUUUGGGGAGAGUGGGUUACUGAGUUGGCUUUCAAGCAUAACUUUCUGUUGCACGGCCUUUUGGGGCUAAGCGCCUUACAUUUGGCCCUGAAGGGUGUCUCAGCGCAGAGACACACGGUAAUGGCUAUCCGCCAUCAUGAUCUUGGUGUCGCAAUGUUUCGGCCUCACCUUUCUAACAUCACACCAGAAAAUCAUGAUGCUGUUUUUGCAUUCUCAUGCAUUGUCGUCCUCUACACUUUUGGGAUCCAGCGUCCCUUCGAGCCUACAGAAGACCCUAUAGACAGGCUUCACCAGGUCUUCUCUCUCAUUCGAGGAUCAUCUAUUCUUGUCAAAGCUGAUCACGAAACGAUGGCACGUAGUCGUUGGUCCGUCUUGAUGUUGCCACACCCGUUUCCACCAACAGUGCUUUCAUCUGAGCUCGAGGAUGUGCUAAGCAAACUCCUUUCACGCGCUGCGAUGACGCCCAAAGCCGCUCGCAUGGGUGUAUAUGAACCGGCCAUACAAACUUUGAGACACAGUCUUGCAAUGGCAGUAAUGUAUCGCCGCACUAAAAUGACAUUCUCGUAUUUUGCUGUGAUGAGUCCCCCAGAGUUCUGGUCAAUGCCAAUUAUGCAGUUACUCUCCAUUGGUUACGGGAAAACAUAUGGAUGGCAUAUUGGGGGAAAGGAAUCUUGGAUGCCGUCCGUCAGAAAUUGCCACUAG